AGAGGAAAACAGCGGCUAUUUGCCAGACUUUAGAAUUUCUUUCUUCUCAUGGGCGGUGUCAAAAUUCAGAUUGUGGUACUUCCGGGACAAAGACUGGGUUGACGGAAAGUGAGGAAGGACAUUCCGCGUGUAUGAUGCACACACGUGAAACACACGAAAACGAGGUUUAAUGUUAAAACUUGUUUUAUUUUUCAAAAAAUGAGUGUAGCAAGAGGUCAACACGGCGGGGAGACGGAUGAUGAUCAUUUUUUCCUCGAUCAAGUUCUGAAUAAGUUGUAUGAUUUCGGUGAUGAACACAAAAGAUCGAAGAAGUCUCUGAAAAAAAAUGUUGCUAAAUAUGACAACGCUGAUAAUGAGAAUGAUGCGGAGGAAACCACAGAUACUAUCAUACAUGACACAGACUCAACAGUAUGUGAAAACAUACCAUCUGGAACUAAACAAUCCAAUGUGGAGGUUGAAUUUAUUAAUCCUCUGAAGAAAAAAAAAAUAUCAAAGGCUGUUGAAUCAGCAAAGAAGGCUCCUGUUGUCAAAGAAAAGAAGGAAAAAGUCUCAGAUGAGAAACUAAGGAUAGAAAAGGCCCGGUUUGAGGUUCACAAGUUUGGACUGUCAGGGUAUGAGAAGCAGCAGCAGAGAGUCUUUGAGCAGGAAAGAGCCAUCAUGCUGGGAGCCAUACCCCCUAAAAGGCAGUGUGUUAACUACAAAGAGUAUCAAAGAAACAUAAUGAAACGGAAAAGGAUGGAGAAAGCUAAAGCAAAAUCCGGCAUUUGUCAGGAAUCAAAGAACAAAAAAAGGAGAGAAAUAAAACCAAGGAUUGAGAAAAGUAAAUCCUCCUCUAUUAGAGAGCUUGGUGGACAAGUGGGACGCUUUAAAAAUGGAAUGUUGGUUUUGAGCUCCAAAGACAUUCAUAAAUUAAAAUUUAAAGCCAAAAAGUAACAGCCAAUUGGCAACAGAAAACCUGAGCUCAUUUGAAAUGUAAGAGCAUUUAUAUUUGUAUGGAAUAUCACACUUUAAACUGAAUUUGAAAUGUCCCACACUUUACUUCAGUCAUUAUAUGUACAACGCAUUUACAACACUUUUUACUUUUCUUCGUGAUUAGACUAUUUUGGGGACCAGAGCCUUAUCUAUAGACUCAAACCACCUGGAAUACCUUAGCGACUACAUAGUAACAUGUUAAAAACACCUUAGCAAAAACCCUCAAUAGUGUAGCAUCAUAGUAGGUACACACAAUUUCUUCAGGAAGUGUAAAAGUUUUAUUAACAAUAAAUAAUGCUGAAAGACUGA